AUGUCGGAUUUUACUUUGCAGAGAAGAUACCUCUCCGGCGCUCGGUUCUUGUCGGAAACCCCUACCUAUCGCAUCGUAGGGGCUGAUCAUUGUCGUUAUAGUUCGAGGGAUGAGAGUGUCGGCAGACUCGUGGUGCGAAAUGUAAAGGCUUCGGACUCUGAGGAUGACGAGGUUUUGGAAAAGAUAGUGCCCACGGAUUUGAUGACGCCAACGGGAACGAUAGGAGCAUCCCAAGGGUGGGUAGCUACUUUGAAAGACAACGUAGUGUGGCUUCAAGAUGAUCUAAACCCGUUCGCUUCGGAUUCAUCUCCUAAGCGAAUCUCACUGCCUCGUCCCAAAACGUUGCCUGAUUGCCAAACCCAAAUGGUAACCAACGUGGCCUUGUCAUCUUCCCCUGAAGACGAAGACUGCAUUCUAGCCGUCAAGUUCGUUGGGCCUCAACUCAGCCUAUGUAGGCCUGCUGAAAAGAAUAACCACUGGGUCAACAUCAGAAUCGAAGACCCAGGCUUCUUUUCGUCACGGGUCAUGUAUUCAAAUAAAUAA